GUUAUCCGCAAGCGACUCCUGAUCGAUGGCGAUGGUGCUGGUGACGACAGGCGGAUCAAUUUGUUGGUGAAGAGUUUCAUUAAGUGGUGUAAUUCCGGAUCUCAAGAGGAAGGUUACAGCCAGUACCAACGAAUGCUGAGUACUUUAUCACAAUGUGAAUUUUCAAUGGGAAAAACUCUUCUGGUAUAUGAUAUGAACCUGAGAGAAAUGGAAAAUUAUGAAAAAAUCUAUAAGGAUAUAGAAAAUAGUAUAGCUGCAGCACAUGAGAAGAUUGCUGAAUGCAAAAAACAAAUCCUGCAAGCAAAAAGGAUUAGAAAAAAUCGCCAGGAAUAUGAUGCAUUGGCCAAAGUCAUACAACACCAUCCAGACAGACAUGAAACACUGAAGCAGCUAGAAGCUUUGGGAAAAGAACUGCAACAUCUUUCUCACAUUAAAGAAAGUGUUGAAGAUAAGUUGGAGCUGAGAAGAAAGCAGUUCCAUGUUCUCCUGAGCACUAUCCAUGAACUUCAGCAAACCCUGGAAAAUGAUGAAAAACUUUCAGAAGCUGAAGAAUCUCAAGAAACUCAGAUGGAAACAGAGACCAAACAGUAGAUGUAAUAUGAAGACUGACUCCACUAUUGAAGAACUUCCAUGUGUCUUCACUUUGUGUUGGAACCAACAGUAAGAGACCCAGAGCUGAAAAAUAGUUUUCUACUGCUUCUGUGAAUUUUUAUACAAAAAUACUUGUUUUGCUUAUGCUUCAGGGGAAAACAGUUACAGAUCUGUGCAGAGAGGCACUUUGCAUUAAUCCACAACCUUUGUUAUUUGUGACAAGAAGUACCUACCUUGUUUUACAAAGGAUGAAGCUUCUGCACAGUACUUGUGAACUAAAGUGUUUGCAAAACAUUGCCAAUAAAAGGUGUUU